CGGCGAGGAAGCUGAAGCGGUCCGACGCCGUCAUCCAGUGCCGCACCACGACGCCGCCGCGGCCCGGGUCGCCCGGCGCCGGCGGCCUCCACGACUCCUCGAGCGCCCCCGCGGGCCCGAUCGGGUCCCGCUCAACGAAGGCCGAUGGCGAGGCGGCGUCGGUGCCCCGAACCCCUUUGGCGAUGUCGUCACCGUCGCGCGUUGCGCCGCCCGAGUGGCAGCAGUCGAGCACAAAGGUGACGGUGGCGCCCUUGUCGGUGAUCUGCUUGAGCAGGAACGCCACCUCGACGUCGCGCAGGUAGUCCAGCUUCGUGCUCCCCGCGACUGGCAGGACGAGGCACUCGUCGUACACGUUGCGGCCCUUGAUAGUACCGAACCCGGUGGGGAGGCGCGUGCCGUGGCCCGAGUAGUGAAUGUAGAUGAAGUCGCCCUCGGCGGCCUCGCGCGCGAGCUUUUGGAAGGCACCAUGCACGUUGUCGAGGGUCGGCACAAGGACUUUCGGCGCCGAUGUGGGCGACGUGAGCUUGGUGAUGUCGGUGAUGCCAGCCGCCUCGCGCAGGAACGCCUCGGUGGUGGCGACGUCGGCGACGCACCCUUUCAGGUCCUUCAUCUCGACGCUGUGGUACUCGUUGAUUCCGAUCAGCAGCGCCGACCUCUUUCCGCCCGUGCCUUCUGCCAUUGUUUCCAUUGUCGAGUGCUCCUUGGCGUCUUGACCGCUGAGCUUGGUUGGAAUUCUGGAAACGGUGCAAAACUAAAGCUAUUUGAUAUACGGGACAUCCCAUAAGAACGCACCCGAGAUCGCUAGCCGAAGGUGUCGCCAUCUAGUCGCACGUCGUGACUCCCAGAAGGAACGGCCCGCUCCGGGUUGCCAUAUACGGACAUUCCGCACCUAAGCACCUCACUAGGGACCUUAACCAAACUUUUUUGUAGGCCGGCCUGCCGUCGAUUUCGGGGUGGUGGCUGCCGUGAGACAAACCCCGCGGCGAUGGCGGCUGGCUGAGUUCGGUCUUCGGCUGGAUGCAUAGGCCGGCUAGAACACACUAGGUAUCGAUCUCCGGCCAUGUUGCGCGGCUGCCGCCCACGGCGUUGCGGGGGUGGCCAAUGAGCUUGGUUGGCGCAUGUCGUACCAGCGGACAGCGCUGCAUCAGGGCAAGCUUGGAGAGGCAUCCGAGCUGAAAAGCCUGCGCCACUCCGAAUGCUAGGCUUGUUUGCGUGCUUGCUUUUGAGGGUUUGACGCAGUGCCCGGAGCGGCAUGCCCAGAACGGCAUGCCCAGCGGGAGUCUGGAACACACCCUCGCGGGCAAUCGGCAUCGGAAAACAGGUGACUGGCUCAAGACGCAUCAAAACUAUUAGUCUUGGCACAUUAGUGCCGGGGGAGCUGCGCCGCCGUGCAGCAAUGACUUCACGAUUCCGGUCCUACUGUAGAUCGCGCCUCGGCCGUCUGGCGGCCUUGCCGCCGUGGGACGAGAAUGGCGUCGUGGCGGUCUCGAUGCCCAUCCCGGGGGCGGGCGGCGGGAGCUGAUUUGACAACUACAUUCUAGUCUCGAUGCAGCCAUGCCCAACGCUGCACCGCGCCAGGAAUGGACGUACAAGCCCACCGGCGAACGGCCGUCUGGCAGAGACAGACGCACGCGCGCACAUGUGUACGUACGGUCAUACGGACUUGGCGGCGGAGAUGCACCUAGGUUCGUAUGGGCUAUGUGAUACGCAGCACGACAAAACUCAGUUGCGGCCGAUGCGGGGUCAACUCGGGCUGGGGCUCCUCAGGCCGGGCAUAAAAGGGGCAGAAUGAGAAGCCAGAGAACAUCCAGCCCAGGCUGGCCUUGAUUCCUUGGUCAUCGCUUUCUGGGCUGAAGGGAUGACAACGUAGACCCAAGCCAAGCUGUACUUUUCAAGCCUGCUAUCAUUGAGCCUACCCUUCCUUCACCUCCGCCAUGGCCGUCGACGAGAACCAAGCCAAGCACGCCUUGGUCAGCUCCUGGUUCCUGGGGCCGCGGGCGGAGAACUUUGACAUCCUCAAGAGCCUCUUCGGCAAGGUCCUCGACCACCAGAAGGAUGCCAGGAUCAGGCUCGCCGAGGCCUCGGAGGACCCCAUCUUCAUCACCAAGGAGAUGGAGGAGCUCGAGAUCUACAAGGCGAGCGUCGCGAAGCUCAACAACGACAUGAGCGAGCUCUCGCUCGGCCUGGCCAACCACUCGGUUCCCUUCUGGUCACCCCGGUACAAUGCCCACAUGAACAUGGACACCACCAUGUCAAGCAUUAUUGGCUAUAUGUCUGCCAUGAUGUACAACCCGAACAACGUCGCGCUCGAGGCCAGCCCUCUCACGACGGAGCUCGAGAAGCAAGUCGGGGAGGAUCUCUGCCGUAUGCUGGGAUACCCUCGCAAAGACCCCGCCCCCUGGGGCCACAUUGCCUGCGACGGGUCCGUCGCCAACCUUGAGGCCAUCUGGGCGAUCCGGAACCUCAAGUUCUACCCCUUGUCGCUCAAACGCGCUAUCCAAGAGGGCCAACUCGGGUUCCUCGCCGACGUCGAGCCGGCCUUUACGGUCGAGAACUGCAAGGGAGAGACGAAGAAAUUUCUCGAGUUGACCGAAAGCGAGCUCCUGAACCUAAAGCCCGAUACAGUGCUCAGCCUGCCUACCAUCCUGGCCGAGAAGUACUCCAUCACAGCCGCCUUCCUGGCGGACGCUCUCAAGCCGUACCUGAUCCAGACUACGGGCAAGGACAAGCUGGAGAAACUGUAUGGAAUUAAGCCCGGGAGGUUCAUGGUCAGCGCUACCAAGCACUACUCUUGGCCCAAAGGUGGAGCCAUCACGGGCAUCGGCUCCGAGGACUUUGUCGACGUCAGCGUCGACAAGGAGGCCCGCAUGAGCCCGACGGCGUUGCGGAAGCACCUGGACGACUGCAUCAAGGAUGACGUGCCCAUCUUUGGCGUCGUUGCCAUCAUGGGUUCGACCGAGCACGGCGCCUGUGACCCACUGGCCGAGAUCGUCGGGAUCCGCAACGAGUACCAACGGGACCACGGCGUCUCCUUUGCCAUCCACUGCGACGCCGCCUGGGGCGGCUACUUCGCCUCGCUGCUGCGCGAGCGCGUCGAGCGUGGGCCCGCGCUGCCCUACGUGCCGACCAUGCCAUUGAACCCCUACACCAAGUUGCAGCUCGAGAACCUCAAGCACGCCGACAGCAUCACUAUCGACCCACACAAGUCCGGAUACAUCAACUACCCGGCCGGCGGGCUCUGCUACCGCGAUGGUCGCAUGCGGUACCUCGUCACUUGGACCAGCCCCAUCGUGUUCCACGUGGGCGACGACGCCGAGAGCAUGGGCGUGUACGGCGUGGAGGGUAGCAAGCCCGGCGCCGCCGCCGCCGCCACAUGGCUGACCCACAGGUCGCUGGGCCUCGACAAGGAGGGCUACGGCAGGCUGCUGGGGGAGGCCAUCUUUUCUUGCGCAAAGCUUUAUUGCCACUGGGUCACCAUGGCGCCGCCAGAGGCCGACGACUCCCUCAUCGUCGUCCCGCUCAUCCGCCUCCCGUCAGAGAGGGACGGCGGCGAUGUGGCGGCCGAGAAGCAGCGCAUCCGGACCGAGAUCGUCGGUUGCGAGAACAAAACCAUCGUCGAGAACGAGAACUCGUGGAAGCUCAUGUGCGAGCUCGGCGGCGACCUCAUGAUCAACGCCUUUGCCUGCAACUUCAAGGUUAACGGCAAGGUGAACCAGGACGUGGGAGAAGCAAACUACCUGAACCAGUGGAUCUUCUCCAAGCUCUCGGUCGCUUCCAAGAAGGACGUGGUCGAGGAGCGGCCGCUCUUCCUCACCUCGUCCGUCUUCAGCGAGAAGGCCUACGGCGAGUGCCUCGAGACCUUCAAGGAGCGCCUCGGACUCAGCAGCAGCGACUUCCGCGCCCAGGGCGACAUGCGCUUCCUCGUCAACGUGACCAUGAGCCCCUGGCCCACCAGCCCGGACUUCAUGACGUCGCUGGCCAAAGAUUUCAAGAGCGUGGCCGAGGUCGGCGUCAAGCGCGUCAUCAAGCGCAACAUGCUCACCCCGGACAUCCACGGCUUCGUCGCGCAGGGGCUGGACAGCCUCUUCUUCGUGCACAUCCCCAUGUUCAACAUGGCCAACCACCGCAAGCAGCUCGUCAUCGCCGCCGACCUGCCGGCCGACGUGCACGCCUUCUACAAGGAGCAGCGCCGCGCCAACCCGGGCGCCGUCUACACCGUCGCCAACAUGGAGCCCGACAAGCUCGACGACAUGCUCAAGCCCGGCGCGACCACCAAGUGGCGCCUGGACCUGGGCAUCCCCGCCGACGGCGCCCAGCCGCUCAAGAAGGACUUUGCCCUGACCAACAUCCGCGCCGUCGUGAACCAGUCCAUGGCCUACCCCGCGCUCGACCGCGAGUACCCGCACAAGAUGCCCUUCUACCUGUACGGCAGCAACGCCGAGAUGCACCUGGACCACGUGCUCAAGACGGCGCCCAACGCGCAGAUCAGCUUCGACCAGGUCAAGGCGAGCCUGUCCCCGGCGCUGAGCGACCAGCAGCUGAGCGGCGGCGUGGUGGCCGUGCUCGACGACGUGUUUGAGAGAAGCCUGCAGCCCUUGCCCCUCGACGAGGACUCCGGAAGCGUCAGCCUCGGAGCCCCCGGCCUGUCGCUGAAGCCCGAGGUGACCCACAGGGCGUCCGUGUACAAGACGUACGAGGAGUACAAGAGCGGGACGGGCAAGCCUAUCGCCACUGGGACCGUCAGCGUCGGCGACACCGUGUUUGCGGACUGGGGCGAUGUCAACAUGGACCCCGCCGAGCACCAUUGAUGUUGAUGCUAGCACACGAACUUCAUGGCUUCACCUAUCCACGUUGGGGACGGGGUGGCGGCUUGUGCCUUUUGCCAGAUAGCAGUUUCGAAAUUGAAGAGCAAAAAAAAUAAAAGUAGAGACAUGCGGGCUCCUGAAAA